GUGACGUCAGAGCUGAUAAGAAUUCAGCGCUCAGGCCUUUUACUAUAGGUGGUAUUGUAAAAGCUGAUAAAAAAUUGAUAAGUUGUAGCCUGUAGUGAAAAUUUUGAAUUAAUUUAAUACGAAAAAUGUGAACUUUGAUGUGCACUUUUCUUUAAUUCUUAUGGAGUUAUUUCUUAUUCUUAUAAAUAGUAAAAAUUCCAGAUUGUAAUUCUGUGAGAACGACUUCUAAUUAUUUCUUGAUUCAUCAAUCAUGAAAAAAUCUGGGGGCAGUGAAAAACAUGCUUCAAAAAAUAAAAAUAAUCAAUCGAAGAAGCAGAGCAAAGAUAAACGUAAAAAAGCCAACAAGACGAGUAAACAGACCAGAUUCGUGUUCGAUAAACGUAAUUCAUUGUGUAAAAAAUUUUCAAAAGGAAAUAAUAAACCAUUGAAAGAAAGAUUAUUAGAGCAACUGAGAGGAUCUCGAUUUAGAUAUUUGAAUGAACAGUUCUACGUAUCUUCGAGUACUGAUGCUAAAGAUUAUUUCGCGAAGAACCCUGAAGAAUUCGAAGCAUAUCAUGAAGGAUACGAACAACAAGCAUCUUUGUGGCCAACCAACCCAAUUGAUAAAAUAAUAAAAGAUAUACGGCGAGUGUUGAAAUCAGAAAAACGACUAGUAAUCGCUGAUUUUGGAUGUGGUCAAGCAAAAUUAGCACAGACCUUGGAUGGAACUGAUAAUAAAGUGUUUUCUUUCGAUUUAGUCGCCACUAACAAAUAUGUUACAGCAUGCGAUAUGUCGCAGACCAAUUUGUUCAGUAAUUCAGUUAAUGUUGCAGUCUUCUGUCUUUCGUUAAUGGGCUCUAAUUUAUCGCAAUUUAUCAAAGAAGCUAAUCGAGUGCUUAAAAUCGAUGGGUUAAUGAAAAUUGCCGAAGUGAAGAGCCGAUUUGACAAGGUAGAAAAAUUCAUUCAAGACGUCGAAAAAUAUGGAUUUACCAUUGUAAAGAAAGAUUUAUCUGAUGAAGCAUUUUAUUAUUUUGACUUCAAGAAGAAAUCAUCCAUUUCGAAGCAUAAAAAGAAAAAAUUACCAGAGAUUGAACUGAAAUCGUGUUUAUAUAAACAAAGAUAAUUAUUAUUUUGUUACUACAUUAAAUCAUUUUUACUUCUU